UUGACGCAGAGGAAAACCAUGCCUGAACCCGCGAAGUCCGCGCCGAAGAAGGGCUCUAAGAAAGCCGUGACCAAGACGGCUAGCAAAGGAGGCAAGAAGCGCAGAAAGUCCAGGAGGGAGAGCUACGCUAUCUACGUGUACAAAGUGCUGAAGCAGGUCCACCCCGACACCGGCAUUUCCUCCAAGGCGAUGGGCAUCAUGAACUCGUUCGUCAACGACAUCUUCGAGCGCAUCGCCGGUGAGUCGUCCCGUUUGGCUCAUUACAACAAGCGUUCCACCAUCACGUCCAGGGAGAUCCAGACCGCCGUGCGCCUGCUUCUUCCCGGUGAGUUGGCCAAGCACGCCGUGUCCGAGGGUACCAAGGCCGUCACCAAGUACACGAGCUCCAAGUAAGAAGUGACGAAGACUUGAUCAAACCCAACGGCUCUUUUAAGAGCCACCCACGGUUUCGCUUAAAGAGUUUUUUGUUUUGUUCGUGAGAAUC